ACAGAUUUACAUAAAUGCUAUGCUAUACAAAAAGAAUAAUGAAAAUAUCUAGUGUAUUCAACAAAUAUUUAAUACUAAAAACAUACGUAUAAAACUAAAAGUUUAAGAAAAUUGUAAACAUAUUAUUUUUCUUUGUUAGGAGUUAAAAAAAAAACAACUUUUUUCCAAAACCCCCAAAAUAAGUGUUGAAUUUCUCAUUUAGCUAAAAGCGAAAUUAAAAACGCAAAUUGGUUCAACUCAUAAACAUUGAAAAGCACACAUUAGAAAUAUACAUACACAAAUCGAACAAAAUUCAAAAGAACUUAAAAAGUAAAAUUAUAAACAUUUAGUAAAAAUGGAUCAACAUGACGCAGAUCACUGCAAGUGUCACAAGCAGGCGGCGCCAGCGCAGCAAACGCUAACUGAUAUGGAAUUCGAUCGCGGAAUCUGGAAUGCAGCCAUCUACAAUGAGCCGGAGCGCGUGCGCAAUUUCAUUGGGCGCGGAAAAUCCAUGGACCGCGAUGAUUUCGACUACACUGCGCUCCAUUAUGCAGCGCGCAAUGGCAACGUGGAAAUUUGCAAAAUGCUAAUCGAAGAUGGCAAAGCCGAUGUGGAUGCCAUUACCAAGGCGGGCGCCACAGCCUUGCAUCGCGCUGCCAUGAUGGGUCAUCUAAAUGUUGUGAAAUUACUGGUUGCUGCGAAAGCUAAUCUCCAGCUGCAGGAUGAAUAUGGGCAGACUGCGCUGCAUCGUGCUGCUAUCCGUGGACACUUGGAUGUUUGUAAAUUUUUGUUGGAACAGGAUCCGAAAUUGAAGGAAAUCAAGGAUAAGAAAGAGAAAAUCCCCUACGAAUAUAUAAUGGAGAAUGCCAACGACGAUUUCAAAAUAUUACUUAAGCCUUAGAGUCAAAGUGAAGGAGCAUACAAAGUAACUAAAGCAAACAGAAAUUGCGACCGAAGCAUAAUUAGUUGAAAAAAAGUAUCAAGCAAAGACGCAAAAGCGAAAUCUUAGCUGCAUUUUUACACAGAGGCAUACAUUGAUUUCGAUGUGGCGCACUUUGGUUAACAUAUAUACAUACAUAUAUGUAUACUAAUCCGUUUUGUAGUAUUUUAUUAGUUUAAAAUAUAAGAAAACUGCAUUUUAUUUAGGAAACCAAGUACAGUUGUUUCGAAAACAUUGUUGGAAUAAAAGUUUGGCAUUUUAGAUAUUUGGA